GCGGGGUUUGUUUUCAAAGCGGCGCCACGGAGAAGAGACUCACCAGGGAAGAUGGCGACCGCGGGGUCCGCCGAGCGUCCCGGCACACCGGGCAGCGCCGCCGGCAGCUCCGCGUCCAGCCCGCCGGAGGACGAGGCGAGGUGCCCGGUGUGUGCGGCGGAGGCUCAGCCCGGCAAGCCGCCGUGCGGACACCCGGCCUGCCCGCUCUGCCUGGCCCGGAGACUCUCCGGCGGAGGAGGAGGAGGCCGGGAGCGGCUGCGGAGGAGGAGUCACCCGGAGAGGAGCAGCAGCAGGCCGGGCAGGAGAGACUGCGACAGCCGGAGAGAGGUCUUCAUCGCCCCGGCUCAGAUCUCUAAAUGUGGCGACGGCGCUGGCAAACAGAAGCUGCUGGCGACUGAGGACCGAGAAGAGGCCAGGAGGAGGAACUGUAAGGACGAGUGUGUGUCGCUGCGACAUUAUGAAGACCCUGGUGUUCUGUCAGACUCGGAGAACGAGGAGCCGCCCGGCAGGAGGACCAGGAACUUCUCAGCCUUCGUCAGGAGAACCAGACCCACGGCGUCGUGCUCGCGUGGUGCCCAGAGGAGUCAGAGCUGCAGCGACUCGGUGGAGGAGCGAGGAGGGAAGCUGAAGCUGAGCCAGCCGGCCGCCGUGGACAAGGCCGGUAUCGGCCACAGCUUCACGGCAGGGAUCCUCCUCUCCUCCGAGAACAGUCGCUCCGUCUCGGCGCCCGUCACCCUGCCGGACCGGAGGCUCAGCUGGCGCGCCGUGAUGACGUCAUCGACCCCGCUGGGCGUCCCUCAGGCCCGGCAGGAGCGCUCCAUCAGCCCCGAAAGCAACGACAGCAUCUCCGAGGAGCUCAACCACUUCAAGCCCAUCGUGUGCUCGCCGUGCACGCCGCCCAAACGCCUCCCCGACGGCCGCGUGAUGGAGCCCACCAUCGUCAAGUCCACGCCGCGCAACCUGACCCGCGGCCUGCAGCGGGCCACCAGCUACGAGGCCAGCCCGGCCGUCCUGCAGAAGUGGCGGCAGAUCGAGCUGGACCGCCAGAGCGUCAAGGUCGACUCCAAGGCCACGCUGACGAGCCCCGUCGGCGAGCUGCACGCCAGAAGCAGCAAGGCGGAGGAGGCGGCGGAGCGGCGGGCCAACAGCGGCUCCCCGGCGGGACGGGACGGCGGCCGAGCGUUCGGCCUGAACAAGAGGAGGCUGGUGUUCGACCGGCCGGCCGCCGAGUCGGACGGCCUUCAGAAACAGGCGGUGAAGAUCCGCGUCCCCGCCGUGCGCCUCAGCGGCGAGGCGGCUCUCAGAGGAAGUUCAGAGUUUGAGCCGGCGGUCGCCCCCGAGUCCUGCAGCGGAGCCGUGUUCAGCAAGAGGCGGUCCUUCUCCCCGUACGCCAGGAACUCCUGCUUCCAGUCCUGCAGGUUCGUGUCAAAGGACGCGCAGAGUCCCAGGAAGGAGGCGGACGGCGGCGGCGGCUGCGGCUGCCAGAACCAAACUACCUCACGGAGAGGCAAGAAGAGGAGCCAGAAAACCAAACACCUGGAGGACGCCGAGCCGGAGCCCAAGAGGAGCCGGCCGCUCAGCCGGGACGCCUUGGAGGUGGAGGCGCUGCGCGGGGGCGAGCGCCGCGUCCAGCGGGUCCAGCAGGAGCGCGAGGACCGGGCGCUCGCCGUCAGGCUGCAGAGACAGUUCGACCUGGAGAGCCAGAGGGCCGGCCGGCCGCGCCGCAGCCCCGACAAGUACUUCCUGCGCUCCUGGAUGUCCAAUCAGAACCGCAGGAGGCGGAGUCCGCGCAAAUCUCGGCGGAUCUCCAAGAAGCGCUAAGCUCCGCGCCGCCCGGACCGAAGCACAGGACUCUCGAUAUAUGCAACUUUAGACACAUGAAAUUGUAGAAAUCAUGAACAGCUGUUAUAUUUUAUAAAUCUGGUAAAAAUUCAAGCAUCA